UUGACUUCUCUUUUUUUUUUUUUUUUGAGAUGGAGUCUUGCUCUGUUGCCCAGGGACACGAUCUCAGCUCACUGCAACGUUCGCCUCCUCGGUUCAAGUGAUUCUGCUCCCUCAGCCUCCCAAGUAGCUGGGAUUACAGGCACCUGCCACCACGCCUGGCUAAUUUUUGUAUUGUUAGUAGAGACGGGGUUUCACCAUGUUGGCCAGGCUGGUUUUAAACUCCCGACCUCCAGUGAUCCUCCUGCCUCAGCCUCCCAAAGUGCUGGGAUUAUAGGCGUAAGCCACUGCGCCUGGCCAUGUUAUUUGACUUCUCUUUGCCUUAGUUUCCUCUCUACUCCCUGCUAAGAUGGGGAUAAUCAUGUUACCUACCUCAUAUGGUUGUGGCAAGAUUUAAAUGGUGUGAUGCAUGUCACACUGAUAGCCUAGCAUUUGGCAUAUAGUUAAAUACUCCAUAAAUAGCUCUUUUAUUAUUAAAAGUGUUGUUCCAAGUAGUAAGCUGCUGCUAAUGUGUGCUGUGUCACAGUGCUUGAAGUCACCAUUAGAGAUAUAUUCCUUUGUGCCGUAUUUCAAAUGCAGAAAUGACAGUGGUCCUGUGCAAAUGGGAUUUAUUUGUUCAUUUAGCAGAUAUUUAUAGAGCGCCUUCUGUAUGCCAGGCCUUGUUUUGGAUACUGGAGGUACUGUGGAGAACAAAACAAACAAAAGUCCCUGUCCUCAUUGGCACGCACACUCUUGGGAAAAGGAAUGGCAGACAAUAGGCAAAAUGAAUGUAAUUAUCAUACAGUAUAUUAGAAAGCGAUGCACUGUGGGGAGAAAUAAAGCAGGAGAGGAGGAUGGGGGUGGGCGGUUUACAAUUUUAGAGUGGUCUGAGUAAGCCUCACUGAGAAGAUGACAUUUUAGCAAAGAACUGAAAUUAGUGAGGGAGUAAACCACGUGGACCUGGUGGGGGACAUAGGGGAGUUGGCCGGGCGGAGAGAACAAGUGCAAAGGCCCUGAGGCAGGAGGCUGGGCGGCCAGAGCCUAGACGGGCAGGAUGGUAAGAGAAGAGAUCAAAGAGGUAAUGGGUGGGAGGCCGGAAUGUGUAGACUCUGGAGACAUCUGCACAGAGGAAUGGCAUGAUCCAGCUGGAGCUAUAAAAAGGUCACUCUGACUGCCGUGUUGAGGCUCAGCCAUAGAGGGUCCAGGUAGACAGAGGAGGCCAAUUAGGAAGUUCCUGUAGUAAUCCAGACGGAGAUGACGGUGGCUGGCACUGGAGUGGAGUGGUGGAAGGUGGUGAGAAGCAGUUGUAUUCUAGAUAAAUUUUGAAGAUAGAAACUACAGGAUUUGCUGACAGAUCAGAUGACCUCAAGGUUUCUGGGUCUGAACACCUGGAAAGAUAGAGUUGUCAUUUACUGAGAAUGGGGAAAGCUACAUUGGAAGCAGAUUGGGAGAGAAAUCAGUUCAGUUUUGUACAUAUUAAGUCUGGCAAACAUCCCACUCAUGCUCUCAGAAUAGCAAUUGACUGCAUGAGUCUGGAGUUUAGGGGAAGUUCGGGCUGUAAAUAAAGACUUGGACGGAUAGGCAGUUGUGUGCUGGUAAUGUUUACCAACUGACUCUGUGAGGGUUGGGGUUGGUAGUGGGGAACCUGAUUUAUAGCCUUUGCCUAUAUCUGUGGUGUAAAUAUUCCGACGUUGGCCAACUUCAAAUACACUAUAAUAGAAUAUCUUCACCUCAUAGAUGCAGUGGAUGUAAAUAAUAUCAAGAGCAUAGAUAUUAGUGAAAUGUAGUCAGAUGAUUAGGAGGUAAUGAGUUUUGAGUAUUUAUUACCUUUCUUUUUAAUUUAUUUAAUGAUUUUUUUUUUGAGACGGAGUCUCACUCUGUCACCCAGGCUGGAGUGCAGUGGUGCAGUCUCUGCUCACUGCAACCUCCACCUCCUGGGUUCAAGCAAUUAUUCUGCCUCAGCCUCCCAAGUAGCUGGGAUUACAGGCACCUGCCACCACACCCAGCUAACUUUUGUAUUUUUAGUAGAAACGGGUUUUUGCCAUGUUGCCCGGGCUGGUCUCAAUCUCCUGGGCUCAAGUAGUCCUCCCGUCUCAGUCUCCCAAAGUGCUGGGAUUACAGGACAGGUGCCUAAAGAUGGGAUGAGGAUUCUCUGAGGUGAGAGAGGAACAAGGACCCCAGAGCCCGAUCUGGAAGCUUUUGUCCCCAUUCUGGCCCUUAGGGCAGUGAAUGCAGAUCAGAGGUCAUUGAUAGCAGGCUUGAUUUUUAUCUGCAUUGAUGGGUUCAGCAUAAAUGGACCGGAACAGGAAGAGUGCAAAAAACAGACAAAAAACAACAAAAACGAAAACCUUGGGUUGGCUAUUGUAAGAAGACUAGGCGCAUCACCUUGUGCUUUAGUUUCAGAUGAUCUUCAGUUUGAACUUUUGUUUUACUCCCACAUGUUCUUUCUAAAAAAUUCCAAACUCAUGGGUCAUGAUUUGAAGAAAAUUUCCCUUCCUCCUGCCUGGCGCACAGAAGGUGAUGUCAAAAGCUGGGAAAGGGAACAGGGCAGCAGCAGACAUUGACCUUUACCUCCCAGCUCCUCUCUCCCACCCCUUGUCUGCUGGGCAUAGAGGAUUAGAACUGCUUCCUCCUGUGGUUUACCAGAAAACGCUCUGCGGCUGGAGCUUCAGCACAGGCUGGGUCUGCUGUGCCGGGUCUCUUUGGGGACAGCUGCAUGCCUCUUCCGCUUGCGUGAGAACAAAGGCCGGAACCUGGAUUCUGGUCCAAACCCCCUGGCCCCCACCUUCUGGGAUGUUAGCAGAGCCUUUUAACUGGCACCCAGGCAUGUGGAAUAUGCUCAUAGUGGCGAUGUGCUUGGCCCUUCUGGGCUGCCUGCAAGCCCAGGAGCUCCAGGGACAUGUCUCCAUAAUCCUGCUGGGAGCAACUGGGGACCUGGCUAAGAAGUACUUAUGGCAGGGACUGUUCCAGCUGUACCUGGAUGAAGCGGGGAGGGGUCACAGUUUUAGCUUCCAUGGAGCUGCUCUGACAGCCCCCAAGCAGGGUCAAGAGCUCAUGGCCAAGGCCCUGGAAUCCCUCUCCUGCCCCAAGGACAUGGCACCCAGUCACUGUGCAGAGCACAAGGAUCAGUUCCUGCAGCUGAGCCAGUACCGCCAACUGAAGACGGCCGAGGACUAUCAGGCCCUGAACAAGGACAUCAAGGCACAGCUCCAGCACGCAGGCCUCCGGGAGGCUGGCAGGAUCUUCUACUUCUCGGUGCCACCCUUCGCCUAUGAAGACAUUGCCCGCAACAUCAACAGUAGCUGCCGGCCAGGCCCGGGUGCCUGGCUGCGGGUUGUCCUUGAGAAACCCUUUGGCCAUGACCACUUCUCAGCCCAGCAGCUGGCCACAGAACUCGGGACCUUUUUCCAGGAGGAGGAGAUGUACCGGGUGGACCAUUACUUAGGCAAGCAGGCUGUGGCGCAGAUCCUGCCUUUCCGAGACCAGAACCGCAAGGCUUUGGACGGCCUCUGGAACCGGCACCAUGUGGAGCGGGUGGAGAUCAUCAUGAAAGAGACCGUGGAUGCCGAAGGCCGCACCAGCUUCUACGAGGAGUACGGUGUCAUUCGCGACGUCCUCCAGAACCAUCUGACGGAGGUCCUCACCCUCGUGGCCAUGGAGCUGCCCCACAAUGUCAGCAGUGCGGAGGCUGUGCUGCGGCACAAGCUUCAGGUCUUCCAGGCGCUGCGGGGCCUGCAGAGGGGCAGUGCCAUCGUGGGCCAGUACCAGUCUUACAGUGAGCAGGUGCGCAGAGAGCUGCAGAAGCCAGACAGCUUCCACAGCCUGACGCCGACCUUCGCAGCCGUCCUAGUGCACAUUGACAACCUUCGCUGGGAGGGCGUGCCUUUCAUCCUGAUGUCUGGCAAAGCCUUGGACGAGAGAGUGGGCUAUGCUCGGAUCUUGUUCAAGAACCAGGCCUGCUGUGUGCAGAGCGAAAAGCACUGGGCCGCGGCGCAGAGCCAGUGCCUGCCCCGGCAGCUCGUCUUCCACAUCGGCCACGGUGACCUGGGCAGCCCUGCCGUGCUGGUCAGCAGGAACCUGUUCAGGCCCUCCCUGCCCUCCAGCUGGAAGGAAAUGGAGGGACCACCUGGGCUCCGCCUUUUCGGCAGCCCUCUGUCCGAUUACUACGCCUACAGCCCUGUGCAGGAGCGGGACGCCCACUCCGUCCUCUUAUCCCAUAUCUUCCAUGGCCGGAAGGAUUUCUUCAUCACCACAGAGAACUUGCUGGCCUCCUGGGACUUCUGGACCCCUCUGCUGGAGAGCCUGGCCCAUAAGGCCCCACGCCUCUACCCUGGAGGAGCUGAGAACGGCCGUCUGUUGGACUUUGAGUUCAGUAGCGGCCGGUUGUUCUUUUCCCAGCAGCAGCCGGAGCAGCUGGUGCCAGGGCCAGGGCCGGCCCCAAUGCCCAGUGACUUCCAGGUCCUCAGGGCCAAGUACCGAGAGAGCCCGCUGGUCUCCGCCUGGUCUGAGGAGCUGAUCUCUAAGCUGGCUAAUGACAUCGAGGCCACCGCUGUGCGAGCCGUGCGGCGCUUUGGCCAGUUCCACCUGGCGCUGUCGGGGGGCUCGAGCCCCGUGGCCCUGUUCCAGCAGCUGGCCACGGCGCACUAUGGCUUCCCCUGGGCCCACACACACCUGUGGCUGGUUGACGAGCGCUGCGUCCCACUCUCAGACCCGGAGUCCAACUUCCAGGGCCUGCAGGCCCACCUGCUGCAGCACGUCCGGAUCCCCUACUACAACAUCCACCCCAUGCCUGUGCACCUGCAGCAGCGGCUCUGCGCCGAGGAGGACCAGGGCGCCCAGAUCUACGCCAGGGAGAUCUCAGCCCUGGUGGCCAACAGCAGCUUCGACCUGGUGCUGCUGGGCAUGGGUGCCGACGGGCACACAGCCUCCCUCUUCCCACAGUCGCCCACUGGCCUGGACGGCGAGCAGCUGGUCGUGCUGACCACGAGCCCCUCCCAGCCACACCGCCGCAUGAGCCUUAGCCUGCCUCUCAUCAACCGCGCCAAGAAGGUGGCAGUCCUGGUCAUGGGCAGGAUGAAGCGUGAGAUCACCACGCUGGUGAGCCGGGUGGGCCAUGAGCCCAAGAAGUGGCCCAUCUCGGGUGUCCUGCCGCACUCCGGCCAGCUGGUGUGGUACAUGGACUAUGACGCCUUCCUGGGAUGAGGGCGCCUGUGCCCCUUGCCCACUUCGCUCCUGUGCUUUCCUUCGCCCGUGUCUUCCCUCCCUUCUCGGCCCCGCCACCUGCCCAGCGUGCCCUGGCUCUCCAGAACCUUCUAUCCCACAGUCAGGCCCCAGAGAGGGCAGGACAAGCCUUGUCCCGAUGCCUUUGACCGGCAGUUCUGUGUAUUGGUGGAUAGAUGCAGAAACAAGGAAGAAAUGGAGUCUGCUCCUGAGAAGCUUCAAAUCCAGGCCAGGAGAGAAGUCUUAAGAAAAGACCUCCAGCAGUUACACAUUCAUAUCAACCAGCACAACACAGGAUGGCGCCCAAACUCUGGCGUUCACAAGAGGAGACGUGACGUGGUGGGCUGAGGUUAAUCAGGGAAGGUUUCCUGGGGGAGGUGAUCCUUGAACUGGCUCCCGGGGAACAUUCAGAGCAUGAUUGGUAGACAGAAGGGUGCAGAGGCGCCCAGGGGAGUACAUUGCCCCGUGCAAAGCAGGGGCACUGAGGACUGUCUUGAGACCCUGAGGGGGUCAAGCCCCUCCUUCCCCAGCUGCCCCUCCUUCUAGAACCUCUGCACAUCUAGCCUCUGGCCCUCCUCUUCACUGCCUCCACCUGCUCCCGCUUGCCAUCCCUGUCUCCUCCAUCCUGGCUGAGCAGUAGGAAUUCCAGGCUCCUCCCUGUGUCUUUGCUGUUCUUCAGACUCCAUUUAUAGAGAAUGAGGGCUGAUAACAGGAAUACAGCAGCAAAGACUAGACUGUGGAAAGGGUUCCAGAAAUCUUUUUUUCUUUUUUAAUUAAAAAAAAUAUUUGCAGAGAUGAGCUCUUGCUAUGUUGCCCAGGCUGGUCUCAAACUCCUGGGCUCAAGCGAUCCUCCCAUCUCAGCCUCCCAGAGUGCUGGGAUUACAGGUGUGAGCUACUGCGCCCAGCCCCAGAAAUCUCAGUGCUGUUUGGAGCUCCAUUUCUCAUUUGAUGACUUGCUCUGUGUGGGGAGGUGGGGUCUCAUUCCCCCAGCUUCCUCAGGGAGGACCCCUGCCCUCCGCUGCUCCUCUGUCCUGCUAGCCUUCCUCCAGGAAGCACACUGGGUGCAGAUAAUCAGGCCAUUCCAGAGAGCCCCAAUUUAAGAGGGUCAUUUCCAUCUCAGGGGACUCCCGGAUGGGUGUUUCCGCUCUCAGUAGCCCCUCUUGUUUUACCAGGAAAGAUCCAGUUAAAUCACCCACUGAGGUGACAGCUCAUUAGCGGGGAGAGAGAUGGAGCAUCGAGUGACACUGGGCCAUCCAGGCGGCUCUGCUCCCACCAGACAGGAGCUAGGCCUCACUGGCAGGGGGGCUGCCCACAGCCUUUUCAGGGGCUCGCUUGGCGGGUGACAGGGCCGCAGCCAGGCCUUCUCUCCCUGCCCCUUGGUGACCCCGUGGCUUCCUGUCUGCUGGCCUCUCCUGCUACUUAUCACUUCACCACGAACUCUCUGCCUGAGACUGGGGAAGUAAGCGGGUAUCUUCUCAGUGAGCAUAGGUUGGGGACUGUGAUCUUGAGAAGCCAUGGGCCAGCAAUACCUGCUUUUCUGAAGCCCCCAAGGAGGGCUCUGACAUUCUUUUUAAAAACACCACAAAGCAAAAUUCCCAGGACACGUGUAGUUUUGUUUGUUCAACAUCCCACAACUUAAGGCUGGGAGAUGGAACUCUUGGUUAAGGUCGAUUUUUCUGUCUGGCUUCUCCCGCACCUUCCACUUGCUCUCUGGAUCAGGCAGAUAUGAACUUUCUAGCGCAUUUUCAGAGGGUUUUCUUGGGUGAGGGAGCAUGGCGAAGUCGGUUUCUCUCUGGACUGUUUACACUUCAAGGCGGUGGAUUUAAAGGAAUCCUGGCUUUCAUUUUCAAUGCCAGUCUGAGACAUGUUCCCGAGCCGGGGCUCUUGUUCACACUACUUACUCUGGCCACCAGCAACAACCCAGGCCAGACAGAGCAUCUCUUUUUUUUUUUUUUUUUUUUUUGAGACAGAGUCUCUGUCGUCCAGGCUGGAGCCCAGUGGCGAGAUCUUGGCUCACUACAACCUCCGCCUCCCGGGUUCAGGCAGUUCUCGUGCCUAAGCCUCCCGAGUAGCUGCGACUACAGGCGCCAGCCACCAUGCCUAAUUUUUGUAUUUUAGUAGAGACAGGGUUUCACCAUGUUGCCCAGGCUGGUCUCGAACUCCUGAGCUCAGGCAGUCUACCCACCUCAGCUUCCCAAAGUGCUGGGAUUACAGGCGUGAGCCACCGUGCCCAGCCAGGACAUCUGUUUUUAUACCCAGAGAGCGCCCCUCGUUAGGACAGAACCACGGUGCCGAGAGUCGGGAAGCCGCCCUCCUGGCGCCCAGCAUCUGAGCUUCUACACGUGAUGGGCCGGCUCAGGAGAGGACAGGGAGUCGUGGUGGAAGUUCCACAGCUGGCCGCGUGGGGGGGCCCUUGCACCGCACUGCCGCCUCCCGACUCCCCCGAUCCCCGCAGCUCCUGUGCCGGAUUUCAUUUCCCUCUUCUCUCCCAGGGUACCUGGCCCCAGCACUCUCCCAUCUGUUCUUCAGGAACCGACUCCUCUCCAGUUGCAACACCAGAGAGAAAGGGGCCUCCACAUGCCCAAGUACCCCUGCAGGAUGAAGGGCAGGCUGGCCCUUGAUGUGCCAUUUCUGAAUAAUAGUCACUGCCGCCGAGUCUAGGAUGUCCUGUUGUAACUCAGCCCUGCCUCGGAUGCACCACCGAUCUGUGCAGAGUGGGUGUGGGUCGCAAUGCCAAAGGUCUACUUUCCAGAGUCCAGUGCCUUCUGCAAAUCACGUUGGAAAAGUCCAAACCUGGAGAUGGCCCUGUGCCUCCGCCCCUACCCACCCCUUUUCCUUCAGCUGUGUUAGGAAGGAGAAGUUUUCAGAACCCUCUAGGCUGGUGGCUUUCAAACUUCAGACCAUGAUCUGCAGCAAGAAACGUGCCUUCCAUCAUAAAUCAGUCCAUUUGUUUACAACUGUGUUCCAAGCAGGUUUCAUAAAGAAAUUCUUACCCUUAGAACCUCGGGUAUCCUCUAUGUUUUAGUUUUCAUUUUUUAAAAAUGCUUCUUAAAAUUCACUAAAUUGGGCUAGGUGUGGGUCAUGCCUGUAAUCCCAGCACUAUGGGAGGCUGAGGUGAGAGGAUCACUUGAGCCCAGAAGGUUGAAACCAGCCUGGGCAACAUAGUGAGACCCCAUCUCUACAAAAAGUUUUAAAACCAGGUAUGGUGGUGCCCUCCUGUGGUCCCAGCUACUCGGGAGUCUGAGGUGGGAGGAUCACCUGAGCCCAGGAGACUGAGGCUGCAGUAAGGUGUGAUUGCACUAUUGCUCUCUAGCUUGGAAAACAGAGUGAGACCCUGUCUCAAAAAAAAAAAAAAAAAAGGAAAGAGUGAUGACAACAGCCCAGGGUGCAGCCCCGCUCAGAACCCAAGUUCCAGCGCUGUGUUCCCAGGCAGGCUGCUUGCCUCUUCCUGGUCUGGAAGCCCUUGGGUCCUAUGGUGGCGGCAGCUCCCACAGUCCAGGUUCCCUGGUGGGGACCAAUGAUUCCAUCCGCAUGGAAGCCCACGUAUGUACUUAGGGGCCCAUAAAUGGCAGAAGGGCCCCUCCUUUGGGAGACCUUGUCAGUCAGCAUCUCUAGGGCAAGUGUGAUUGCCAUUUGUAGAGGGGAAGGAAUCAAGGGACUUUAAGCUAGAUCAAAAUCUGGGGACAAAUUCUUCUGCUAACUGCAAGUUAAAAUAGGCCCUUCUUACUGAAUUUCCCUGUUUGUUUCUCUGCAGACAAUGCUUUAGCCCUACUCUUGGGCCCCCAAGUUAGCAGAGUAAUCAAAGCUUCCUACUGUUUGGCCUACUAUUCCAGACUAGUCCCUCAAGGGGCUCCAUUCCAAAAUAUGCAGGGCUCAGGCUCCCAAUUCCGGGCCUGUCUGCUUUGCUUGUGUUUCUCCUGUCCCUAUUCUCCCGGAGGGCCCAGGUGGAACUCACGACAGGGAGGGAGACGCUUCCCAAAAACCUGCAGGGCUAUUUCCCAGAAUUUGGUUUUCAAGUACAAAAGUUUUUGUCCUGUAAGAUAUAUGCAGCCUCACAGAAGCAGCCUCUGCCUCCACUUUACCAGCUACGUUUUUAUCUUAAGCACAUGGGGCUCCCUUAGAACUUACUCCACUGAUUUAAAAAAAAAAAACUGCCUGGCAGCAUCUCAGUGUCAGAGUGAGCACGGCACAGGAAAGGCCCGUGGUGACGAGGGUGAGGUGGCCACAGUGACCGGACGACAAAUGAGACUCUGCAAAUGAGACUCCAGAGGGUGAAGAUCUGCGGUCUCCAGACGUCACAGGCCAUGUGACCCACUAGGGGCCGCUUACCCCUGGCCGUCCGCUGGCUGAACUGAACGCAUUCCCUCUCUCCGCAACUCUCC